AUCAGACACAAAGCUUUAUGGCCAGUGGUUCACAACAGAAAAAAGGUUUUUGUCGAUAAUGGCGAACCCGGCAAGCCAAGUUUCAGUAAUAGCAAACCUAGUGGCUGCACGAGGAGCAGUAGAGAUGGGUUGGAAGGAGUGUGCUCUAUGCUUGUUCUCGCUCGGGAUGGUUCAUUAUUUGGUUAUCUUUGUCACACUUUAUCAACGCUUACCAGGAGGAAACAACUUCCCAACCACGCUGAGGCCAGUUUCCUUCCUGUUCUUUGGUGCACCAGCCACUGGAAGUCUAGCUUGGAACUCUAUUUGUGGAACCUUUGAUACUGUAGCGAAGAUGUUGUUCUUCCUUUCGCUCUUCAUAUUCGUGUCUCUGGUCUGUAGGCCAACUCUUUUGAAAAAGUCAAUAAAAAGAUUCAAUGUCGCAUGGUGGGCUUACUCGUUCCCCAUCACCUUUCUUGCUUUAGACUCGGUUCAUUAUGCGCAAGAGGUGAAAGACCACGUCGCUUCUGCCUUGAUGUUAAUAUAAUGUUAAUAUCACAUAUUGUAAAAUUUUCAUAAUAUUAAUAUUAUUCUUCAAAUCUUUUCAAUUAGGUAUUGACAAGUUUUAUUGAUUUCAUGAGUUUUACAAGUUUCAUAAUUUUGGUCUACACUUAACAUUGAUCCAUAAAAACCGUCUCCAUCUUUUAAUGCCAUAUAAAAUAAUACUCCUUAAAAUUAAAUAUUUUAUUAAUCUGUGUGUAUAAACCUAAAACGACAACUAAAAUGAAACGGAAAGAGUAUGAAAUAAAAACCUAUUGAAUUUUUGUUUGCAACGAAGAUAUAUAUUGAUAACAUUAAAAUAAUACAUUAAGUAUGUAAACGUAUCAAACACGUAAAUAAAAGGAAAAAUGAUUGUUGGCUACGUAAAUUAUCAACAACCACAUGGCUAGCCAUACACAUUAAACUAAUGUAUACCUAAUUACAUGAAAUAUAUGUUAUGCAUUAUAACAUCCCUCAAUUUAAUGAUGUCACGUAGUUAACAUUACGAGUUUAAUUUCAUUAAUUCAAAAAGUGACAUGGACAUUAGAGACGUUAACUCCGUUUAAUUCUUCUGGUGAUCAAUCAAAACCUGGCACAUUUGAACGUAAUUUAACAAAAAUUUGACCCAACCCAGCCUAAUAAAAACAAAAUGAAAUUUAGCCACAAAUUUUAAAAUUGACCCCAUUUGUAUUUAUAAAAAAUAUCAGGAAUGUCAUCUCUCUAUCGCAACAAAGGAAAAAACUCUAAAAAAAAUUAGGCUUUCAUAUAGUUUAGAGAGACAGGAAGUUAGUAAAAUCAUGUGGUCAAUAAUCCCACAUGAUUUCACCAACUUCCUUUCUUUGUCGCACUGAUUUAAAAUGAAACACUAUAUUUUGAUUUUUCAUUUUGUUGCGAUAAGUCGAAUUUAGUUAAAUUAUAUGAUCAUGUGUGUUACAGGCUGGAAGCUGGGUCGCCCCAAUGGUUGUUGGAGGUU